UGCAAGAGCCACAGAGGAUUCCAGAUACCCCACCAAACAUGAGGUCGAGACCACGGCUCAAUGAUUGGUGGAGUACGACCCAAUGAUAAAAGACAGGUCAUCUGACAGAGCAUGUUACUAAAAAGCUAAUGAAGAGACUCUCAAAUGUCAGAAGGCCAAAUGGAUGCAGAUGUUAGAACCAGUGACUACGAUGGAGAUUCCAGUGCAUCAACCAUUAUUCUGGAACAGUUACCUAAUAGAGCCAGCACCCCAGUACAACACCAGAAUAGCAGUGAUGAAGCAAAUGACCUCUCGGACAGCCAGAAAACCCAGGUGAGACACUACAAGACUCUCCAAGAAAUGUACAAGUCUACGAAGCCGCACAAAGCUGCAAUAACUCAUAUGCUGGACCUGGAGUUCGAAUCUCGAAGACGCUUCAUUAUCUCAGAUGUUUUAAAGGAGCAAGACAGACCGACAAAGGUUCUUGAGGCUUACCCAUGUUUCAGAGAAGUGGAUCAUGUCCUGGAUGAACUCUGGAGAAUUAUUCAACCAACCAAUUUGCGGUACAUCUCUGAGGUGAAGGACAGAUGGGAUAGCUUCUAUAAAAAGGUCCAGUUUUAUGGUGUCAUGAAGAAAGCCAUGAAGCCUCCAAAAACUUUGAAUGGAGAGAACAAGGCACCAAUGGCAGGCCUGCCAAUUCUGGUGAUCUCUGGCAAAUGCCAAUCGAGCUGGACGUUGCUGGGCUGCGAGCACAGGUCCCACCAGAGGACAUCUGACCCUCAUGCCUCCCUCAUAGAGUCUGUUUCAGACAGUUUGCUCUCCUCGUAUAGCGGCCUAUCUCCUGGUAUCUCCUCCAUGCUCUUGAGACUCUACUGGGUGACACAGCAAAUCCUGUGA